AUGGCGGACGGUUUUGUAGAAAAGCAUUUUGAUAACCUCCUUUCAAAACCGGUAUGCUUGAGGCCAAAACUUGAUGGAUUGUCUUUCGAGUCUCUUGAUCCACAAAGUGAAAGUGGUUUGGAAUGGGUUUUUGAGGAAGAUAAGGUAUUUAAGGUUAUUCGUAGCAUGGCGAAGGACAAGGCACCGGGCCCAGAUGGUUUCUCGAUGUGUUUCUUCCAUGAUUGUUGGGACGUCGUGAAAUGUGAUAUUAUGCAGGUUUUUGCAGAAUUCCACUCUUUCCAUAAAUUUGAGAAAAAUCUUGAUGCAAUGUUCAUUGCUCUUAUUCCAAAUAAACAUGGGGCUAAGGUAGUUGAAGAUUUUCAUCCCAUAAGCCUUGUGAGUGGUGUCUACAAGAUUAUCUCAAAGGUCCUGGGGAGACAAAUUCUGGAUUUGGUGCUUAUUGCCAAUGAGUACUUGGAUAAUAGGAUGCAGGAAAGCGUCCUAGUUAAUGGCACUCCUGCUGGGUUCUUUAACAGCUCACGUGGUCUGAGGCAAGGGAAUUCCUUGUCUCCUUUCUUGUUUGUCAUUGUCAUGGAGGCAUUUAGUCGGUUAGUGAAGGCUGUUGUUGGGAGGUUUUUUAUUAGGUUUUCUGGAUUGUCGGGGCUUAAGGUUAAUCUUGGGAAAUUUGAGAUGGUUGCGGUGGGUGCGGUGCCUAAUAUUAACAGCUUGGCGCGGUUAUUGGAUUGUAAAGUGUCUUCUUUGCCUAUGAUAUAUUUGGAUCUCCUAUUGGGGGCUACUUUUAAGGCUCCAGCUAUUUGGGAUGGGGUGGUGGAGAAAGUUGAAAAAAAGCUUUCUAGGUGGAAAUGGAUGUUGCUCUAUUCGGUGGGAAAUACUACGGCUCAAGAGGAUAGGUUGCAAUGGAAGGCUAAUGGUAGUAAAAAAAUGUACAGUCAUGACAUACUACAAGAUCUUGUCAACCCAAGGCCAUGUCUCAUUCUCAUGGAAGAGGAUUUGGAGAUCACGGGUGCCUACCAAGGUAGCUUUCUUCGUUUGGACUGCCACUCUUGA